CUUCCAACAAAUGGAUGUGACAGAGGGAGUCGGAGAACGAGAAUUGCGUACAAGAAUAAAACGGUCAUUUUUUUCCAACCCAAACGAUAUAUCCGUAAAGGAAACGACAAACUGCGGCCUUUGACAGGAGGACGGCAUUCAACAGUGCGCGGUGCUGAGCUCAAGUAGCGGACCUGCUGAAGGCUACGCUGUUUAAAAAAAAAAACAAAAAAAACAAGGUGGAGGAGUGAGUGAAUCGACUGGCGUCGACAGCACGCCUCUUCAGUGUAAUCAUAACGCCGUUGCAGUUUCAUCCAUCGGAUCUGUGAGAAAACCGUGAGUUUUGAGGAGUUUGAACAAGAAAUUUGAUUUUUACGCACACGUCUAACGGAUGACGCGCAAUCCCGGCCACGAACGCGCAUCGUGAGGCGCACGACUGAGAUCUUAAUUUCAAAAGAAGUUUGUGGUUUUUUUCUGGUUUUUUUCUGGUUUUUUUUUUUUAAUUGCGAGUGUGGCUCGUGUGGACUUGAACUUUUACAUCUUUGCUUAGAGUGAAGCCAGAUGAGAUGGAAGAGGAGCGGAAGGUGGUUGGCUGAACAUGCCUGAGCCGUUGUGGCAUCAGGGGGCGCUGGCUGGAGCUCCCCAAAGGCCCUGAAUCCCAGUUGAGUUUGUUUGUUUUUAGGGGCUGGCAGGUGACCAGAAGUCGGUAAUGCCGAAAAACAGGGAGCGAUUCAACCCGGACCCAUCCAUCCACAUAUCCAAGAUGAAUGUGAUCAUCCCGUUCUCACCAGAUGUGCCCUGUGAUAACAACGGCCAGCGGAUGUGGUGGGCUUUCCUCGCCUCCUCCAUGGUCACUUUCUUUGGGGGUCUCUUCAUAAUCCUGCUGUGGAGAACUCUCAAAUACCUGUGGACCGUAUGCUGCCACUGUAACGCCAAAAAGAAGGAGGUCCAUCGGAUCACCACAGGCGAUGGUAUUAAACGCACAGACAAGGAUGAUGCUGCGGCCAGCGAGGUGGGCUGGAUGACCUCGGUCAAAGAUUGGGCCGGAGUCAUGAUAUCUGCUCAGACGUUGACAGGAAGAGUCCUGGUGGUGCUCGUUUUUGCACUCAGCAUCGGAGCCCUUGUGAUAUACUUCAUAGAUUCCUCUGAUCCCAUCGAGUCCUGUCAGAACUUCUACAAAGACUUCACGUUGCAGAUUGACAUGGCAUUCAACGUCUUCUUCUUGCUCUACUUUGGCCUCCGUUUUAUUGCUGCCAAUGACAAGCUGUGGUUCUGGCUGGAGGUGAACUCUGUGGUGGACUUCUUCACCGUUCCUCCAGUGUUUGUGUCAGUGUACCUGAACAGGAGCUGGCUUGGUUUGAGGUUUUUAAGGGCCUUAAGAUUGAUACAGUUCUCAGAAAUUUUACAGUUUUUGAAUAUACUAAAGACAAGCAACUCGAUUAAGCUGGUGAACCUGUGUUCAAUCUUCAUAAGCACAUGGCUAACUGCAGCAGGGUUCAUUCAUUUGGUGGAAAACUCAGGGGAUCCUUGGGAAAACUUCCAAAAUUCCCAGGCACUUUCCUACUGGGAAUGUGUCUACUUACUCAUGGUUACAAUGUCCACUGUUGGCUAUGGAGACGUGUAUGCAAAAACCACCCUGGGCCGCCUGUUUAUGGUCUUCUUCAUCCUUGGUGGUUUGGCCAUGUUUGCAAGCUACGUCCCUGAAAUCAUAGAGUUAAUAGGAAACCGCAAGAAAUAUGGUGGUUCCUAUAGUGCGGUUAAUGGGAGAAAGCACAUCGUGGUUUGUGGUCACAUAACACUUGAAAGUGUAUCCAACUUUCUAAAAGACUUCCUACACAAGGACAGGGAUGAUGUCAAUGUAGAAAUUGUUUUUCUCCAUAAUAUUUCCCCUAAUCUUGAGCUGGAAGCCUUGUUCAAGCGCCACUUCACCCAGGUAGAGUUUUACCAAGGAUCUGUCCUAAAUCCACAUGACCUGGCCAGAGUCAAGAUUGAAUCAGCUGACGCCUGCUUGAUCUUAGCCAACAAAUACUGUGCGGACCCCGAUGCUGAGGAUGCAUCCAACAUCAUGAGAGUAAUAUCUAUCAAGAACUACCACCCAAAGAUCAGGAUAAUCACUCAAAUGUUGCAGUACCACAAUAAGGCCCACCUUUUGAACAUCCCAAGCUGGAACUGGAAGGAGGGAGAUGACGCCAUUUGCCUUGCAGAACUCAAGCUCGGGUUCAUCGCCCAGAGCUGCCUGGCUCAGGGCCUCUCGACCAUGCUGGCCAACCUUUUCUCCAUGAGGUCCUUCAUCAAGAUUGAGGAGGAUACAUGGCAGAAGUAUUACCUUGAAGGAGUAGCCAAUGAAAUGUACACAGAGUACCUGUCCAGUGCCUUUGUGGGUCUGUCCUUCCCAGUAAUUUGCGAACUCUGCUAUGUGAAGCUAAAGCUGCUGCUGAUAGCUAUAGAGUACAAGUCUGAUCAAGGGGAAAGCAGCACCCUGAUAAACCCUGGAAACCACGUGAAAAUGCAGGAGGGGACCUUAGGCUUCUUUAUUGCCAGCGAUGCCAAAGAAGUAAAGAGGGCACUGUUUUAUUGUAAGGCCUGCCACGAUGACAUAACUGAUCCCAAAAGGAUAAAGAAAUGUGGAUGCAAGAAAUUGAUAUAUUCCAAGAAGCCUGCCUACAAGAAAAUGAAACUGGCAUGUUGUUUUGAUUGCGGUCGCUCAGAGCGGGACUGCACUUGCAUGCCGGUUAAUGUGCGUUGUAACAUGGACUCCCCUCAACGGGACAUCCCACUCUCUGCUGUCUCUGUUAAUGAUUGCUCAGCCACUUUACGUGCCUCUAAAAAUAGCUAUAAUGGAUAUAUCAAAUCAAUUCAAGAGGACCAACAAUCAGCACUAUCACCCAAAAAAAAGCAACGUAAUGGAGGCAUGAGGAAUUCUCCAAACUCCUCACCUAAGAUUAUGAGACAUGACCCACUCCUCAUCCUGGGAAACGAGCAGAUUGAGAGCAUGGACGAGAACGUAAAGAAAUAUGACUCCACGGGGAUGUUUCACUGGUGCCCGUCCAAAGACAUUGAGAAGGUCAUCUUGACACGGAGUGAGGCAGCCAUGACUGUUCUGAGCGGUCAUGUGGUCGUGUGCAUAUUUGGAGACGUGAAAUCGGCGCUGAUCGGUCUCCGAAACUUUGUGAUGCCUCUGAGAGCAAGCAACUUUCACUACCAUGAGCUGAAGCAUAUUGUGUUUGUCGGCUCCCUUGAGUAUCUGAAGCGGGAAUGGGAAACUCUGCAUAAUUUCCCCAAAGUCUCCAUUCUGCCUGGCACACCGUUGAGUAGGGCAGAUCUGAGGGCUGUCAACAUCAACCUCUGCGACAUGUGUGUCAUUCUGUCAGCCAAUCAGAACAAUAUUGACGAUGCAUCACUGCAGGACAAAGAAUGCAUCUUGGCGUCACUCAACAUCAAAUCUAUGCAGUUUGAUGACAGCAUCGGGGUCUUGCAGGCUAAUUCUCAAGGCUUCACACCACCAGGAAUGGAUAGAUCAUCUCCUGAGAACAGUCCAGUCCAUGGACUGGUGAGGCAGACCUCUGUCACCACUGGAGCAAAUAUCCCCAUCAUAACAGAACUAGCGCCAUUAGCAAAGCCAGGCAAAAAACUGCCUGUGAUUUCAUUCAGUCAGGAUAAAAGCAGUGGGACCAGCAUACAAAUGAUAACUGAGCUGGUGAAUGACUCGAAUGUUCAGUUCCUGGAUCAAGAUGAUGACGACGACCCAGACACAGAGUUGUACCUCACACAGCCUUUUGCCUGUGGGACAGCAUUUGCAGUCAGUGUGCUGGAUUCCUUAAUGAGUGCGACAUACUUCAAUGAUAAUAUCCUCACCUUGAUCCGGACGCUGGUAACGGGCGGGGCGACACCGGAGCUGGAGGGGCUGCUGGCAGAGGAGAAUGCAUUAAGAGGUGGCUACAGCACACCACAGACCCUGGCAAACAGGGACAGGUGUCGCGUGGCACAGCUGGCCUUGUACGAUGGGCCCUUUGCCGACCUCGGGGAUGGUGGUUGUUAUGGUGACCUGUUUUGUAAAGCCCUAAAAACUUAUAACAUGUUGUGUUUUGGCAUCUAUCGGCUACGAGACGCACAUCUAAACACACAAAGCCAGUGUACCAAACGAUAUGUCAUAACCAAUCCACCGUAUGCAUUUGAGCUGGUGCCCUCAGACCUGAUAUUCUGCCUGAUGCAGUUUGACCACAACGCUGGCCAGUCUCGAACCAGCCUCUCCCAUUCUUCCCAUUCAUCCCAUUCUUCAAGCAAAAAGAGUUCCUCCGUCCACUCUAUCCCCACCACCAACCGCACCAACCGAGCCAAAAGCAGGGACUCGCGAGACAAACAAAAAAAAGACAUGGUUUACAGAUGAGCAACAGAAUACCCACCAGAGGACCAUAAAGCUCAAGCCUGUGAAUACUCUCGCCGUCAAUCACAUCAGUCGAUAUACUGUACAUCCGCAAGCAGCUUGAUUCCACCCAUCAGAGAAGCAGAGCACAAGCGCCGAGUUCUGGACGCGUGCUGGUUAUUGGACUCCUAGAAGACUGUCCGGAAUCUGAGAUAUCGCCUCAUCUGCAAACGCAAAUCAUCAUUUUUUUCAUCGUAUAAGGCGAACAUGUACUGCUUUCGUCACCUCUGCAGCAAGUUUAUUUUACGUAAUCUUCAUUAAAGACAAUCGUUGUCAAAUAUCACAGUCACUCAGCUAUUAGUUUGCACAGCUAACCUUUAGCAGUGGCCAGACUCCAUGACUUUUUUGUUUUAUUUUGGGGAAUGAUGGUCACGUCAACAAGAAAAGCAAUGUUAAAAAAAAAGAAUAACUACUUCUAAUACUGCUAAAAAGGGUGUUUAUUAGGAUAAAUGGAUCAAGUUUUGCAAUUGUAAAAGUUGCCUUCUUAGCUGUGUAUGAACAACUACUACUACUUCUGCAUUUACGUUAACCAAUGUUGCAGAGUUAGUCUGUACAGUAUGUUUAAAAUGUGUAUUUUACACCCAGCUGCAACCCCACCACAAUGGCAUUGUUAGUGACUGACUCUCAGUGAUUCCUUUGCCAUUUGGAGCUAAUUCACAACAUUUGUGACAGUUACGACGGCCAGUGUCCAUAUGUAAAUGGCAUUUGGGUCCAGCCUUAUCUGAAUCCAUUUAUGUUUGUCUUAUUUUUUUUUUUGCCUUUUUUCAGGUGUUAUAAAUGUUUUCACGUUGCUAUUUCAAGUUGUCCAAAACCCCGGAAGUGUUAACAAGUAUCUGCAUCUGCAAAAUUUCUUUUUGUUUUUAAUAGCCAAAUAUGAUAGAGCUGUUUUUUGUUGUUUUUGUUGUUAAAUUAUAAAACAACCAAAAAUCCAAAAGUUUGUUCAUUUAUCCAUUUACUUAAGUUACUAUAAACAGCUAAGCCAAAUGCUAUGACCAUAUAUGAUAUACUUGUAGGUAAGAUGAAUGUAAAAGCCACAUAUCGCAUAAAGUGGGCAUCAUUUAAGUCCUCCUUUGGCUGUAAGCACUGCCUGACACAGGAUUGUCUUGGAGGCCAUUAAGCAACUUGUAUGUUCUCCAUGACCAAUCUUAAUGCCAUAAACAGACAUGAUUUUUGUUGAUGCAUGAAGAACAGCUCUAUCAUAAAAAAAAAAAUCUGCAUUUUUGGCUAUUUGUUUUUUUUGGAAUACUUUCUGUUUUGUUUACCUCCUCAAUGACUGAUUACAUAUCUUGCAUAUCCAAAGCACCAAUCAUUUGUUUCUGUUUGGAAGCACAGAAUAAUGUGUGUGGUGUUAUUAAUCAUGUCUUAUUUUAAUAAUGAAUCACAGCUAUACUGGCACUGUUGUCACUUUACUUUAGGAUCAAUGAGGGGGAAGGAAAGGUUUAAAAAAAAGAGCAAAGAAAAGCACAUAUUGCUCCGUUAAUUUCUCGAUCCAUAUAUGAUACAUAACAGUCCAGCCUAGGAUUCAUGUUGGAUGUAAAAUGAGAGAGGUUGUGACAUUUUUACUGGCACAGAGGAAACCCAAGCUGUCCAUCCCUCAGUGCCAGUAAUGUGCCAGGCAGUGCUGAAGCCAAUGGAGGACUCUAGGAAGACCCACUGCUGCGAAAAGAGGCUUCUAGUUUAGCAUUCUUAAAAAUUCACUGGAGAUAGCUACGACUGUCGCAAACAGUCUGAGAAGUCUUAAAACUUUUUUUCUUCUAAAUCCAUCCAUCAUCAAGAGCAACGCCUGAAAGCAAUUCAGUUGUAUGUAAAUGUGUAAAGCUUAAUGUGAAGUUUUUUUUUCUAGUGUUUUCUCAUUUGACAGUACCUGUGGGGUUGAGAGACAUUCAACAUUGCAGUCUAGUCUGUAUUAUUUUGUGCUUCUUUUUUUUUUUUUUAGCACAUCGACAAUGCCAGUGCUAAGUUGAUAUUUCUGACUAUGUCAUCAUACACAAUAAUAAAAACUGUUUAUUGUCUUGUACAAAUAGCCUUGUAUAUAAAUUGUACAUGAUUUCAUUUUGUAUUUUCACAAAUUAAAAGCAGAUGUAUUGUGUUCUAUAA